AUGCGUACGUGGUUCACAAAUGCAAAGCCGUAUCUGCUGUUAUUGGCCGUUCAAUUUGGCUCUGCCGGCAUGUUCAUUUUCGCCAUGGAUGCCAUGAAGAAGGGCAUGAGCCAUUACGUCUUCACCGUCUACCGUAAUCUCAUCGCCUUUCUUACUCUCUCUCCCUUUGCAUUUGUUCUUGAAAGGAAAGUCAGGCCCAAGAUGACUCUUCGCAUAUUUUCAGAGAUUGUGGCACUGGCUUUCUUCGAAAUAAUACUGGAUCAGUGCUUCGCCCUCUUGGGCAUGAAAUUUACGUCUGCAUCUUUCCUCUCUGCUGUAAUGAACUCUGCACCCUCGGUUACUUUUGUGAUGGCUGUAAUUCUUAAAUUGGAACACAUGAAGAUGAAGGAGACAACAUGUAAAGCAAAAGUUAUUGGAACAAUUGUAACUUUCGGAGGCACUUUGCUAAUGGCACUAUACAAAGGCCCGGCACUUAGUGUGAUGAGAUCUUCAACCAGCCAUGGUAGCCAACCUGAGAACGUGAACAACUCCACUGGUAACCACUGGGUCAUAGGGACAUGUUUCCUCCUUAUUGGUUGUGCAGGUUUUUCCGCGUUUUACAUAUUACAAGUCAUAACAUUGAGAAAAUACCCAGCAGAGAUGUCCCUGGCUACUUGGGUUUGCUUUGUAGGUGCACUUCAAAGUUCUAUCGUGGCAUUCUUCGCGGAGCACCACCACUCUCAUGCUUGGUCCAUUGGUUGGGAUACAAGACUCUUUGCUCCUGCUUACGCGGGAAUAGUUUCAUCCGGAGUUCAGUAUUACAUACAAGGCGUGGUGAUAAAAUCCAUGGGCCCUGUUAUUGUGACUGCUUUUAAUCCCCUUCGUAUGAUCAUCAUUACCACCUUGGCCUGCAUCGUCCUCUCUGAAAAACUCUACCUUGGAAGUAUUAUUGGAGCAGUAGUUGUGGUUCUUGGGCUGUAUCUUGUUGUGUGGGGAAAAUCUAAAGAAUGCCAGCAAAGAAUAAUGCCACCCAACCCUGGAAAUGAUAACUCUACAGAAGACCAACGACAGCUACCAGUCACAGCUCCUAGGAAUAAUAGUGAUGAUAAUAAGGCUUAA